AUGAACUUUACUACUACAACACAAACGAUGCUUCACGACACAUCAGUACCAAAGCAACAACAAGAGCAGCAUGCGCUUCGUUAUACUUGGGUCUUUUGGUUUAUGCAUCGGACACGUGGAGCCAAGAUCACCAACUACGAGGAAGGCAUGAAGCGAAUUGCAGCAUUCUCAACGGUCGAAGACUUUUGGGCCGUGUAUAGUCACUUAAGGAGAGCUCGGGAUUUACCUAUUGUGAGCGACUAUCAAUUAUUCAAACAAGGCGUUCGACCUGUAUGGGAGGAUAAUGCCAAUAUCAAUGGUGGUAAAUGGAUUGUACGACUAAAGAAAGGAUUGGCUACUCGAUAUUGGGAAUUACUGGUACUUGCUAUCAUCGGUGAACAAUUUGAUGUCAAUGAUGAGAUUUGUGGAGCCGUAUUAUCAAUCCGAAGCUCAGAGGAUAUCAUCUCUGUAUGGAACAAGACGUCAUCCAAUGGAAGGAUCAAUUUGAAGAUCAGGGAUACCAUCAAAAAAGUUCUCAGCUUACCGGCGGAUACGGUGAUGGAAUACAAGAGCCACAAUGAUGCAUUAAAAGACAGAUCCAGUUUUCGAAAUACCGAUAUCUUUCGAUAA